AUGGCCGAGGUUAAUGUCAAUCCUCAAUUCGGGGCGGAAUUGAAGGAUGCGUUCAAGCCGGUAAACUCAUGGGUUUCGAACGGGAUUGCGUGGUUAGAUGAUAUACAACAAUUCUACCGAGAAAGAAGCGCAAUUGAACGAGAAUAUGCAUCCAAACUGUCGGCAUUAUGCAAGAAAUACUCGGACCGCAAAGCGAAGAAAAUCAGCAGUCUCAGUGUGGGAGACACGCCGACUAUGACACCCGGAUCGCUCGAAUCUGCGUCAUUGACAACCUGGUCUACGCAACUUAACACGGUGGAAUCACACGCAGCAGUCCGCGAUAAAUUUGGUCUCGACCUCAUUUCCCAAGUUGCCGACCCGCUUAAGAAUAUAGCCACUCGAUACGAGGAAUUGCGCAAGAGCCACGUGGAAUAUCAUGCCAGGUUAGAAAAGGAACGGGAAUCGCAACUCAGCGAACUCAAAAAAGUCAAGGGCAAAUACGAUGGAGUUUGUCAAGAGGUGGAAAACCGUCGCAAGAAAACCGAGUCCUCGUUCGAUUAUAACAAAACAAAAGCACAGGCUGCUUAUCAUCAGCAGCUCUUGGAGAUGGGCAAUUCCAAAAAUACAUAUAUAAUCAAUAUUCAUGUAGCGAACAAACUGAAAAAUCAGUUCUACCAUGAAUACGUUCCAGAAGUACUCGACAGCCUGGGAGACUUGAAUGAAACCCGUGUUCAAAAGCUGAACGCUUUCUGGUCACUUGCAGCGCAGCUAGAAAAAGGUGCUUCGACACAAAGCACCGAACUCAUGACCCGUCUUGGAAAUGAAAUUCCCCGCAAUAAUCCUAAACUCGACUCGCUGAUGUUUCUUCAGCACAACACCUCUCAAAGUCAAGAACCCCCUAAUCUGGCGUUCGAGCCGAGCCCCGUAUGGCAUGAUGAUGAUCAGAUGAUUACGGACGAGCCUGCAAAGGUGUUUUUGCGCAACAUGCUCAUGAAAAGCAAGAGCCAGGUCAAGGAAUUGAAAGCGGAGGCAGAAAAGCAACAACGAGAGGUUGAAGGCGCCAAGCGCGUUCGAGAUAACAUCAGGCAGGGCAAAGACAAACGAGAUGAAGUCGAUAUUGUAAAAGCGAUUUUCAACUUGCAAGAAAAGCUUCACGAGAUUGAGCGCAAGAAAAUGACGGCUGAGGUUGAAACUUUAACUAUUUUGGCCGUGGUCGGCGAUCUGUCUCUCGGAGCGAAAAACCAUAACUUUAGAUCUCAAACCUUCAAGAUUCCCACUAAUUGUGAUCUCUGCGGUGAAAGAAUAUGGGGCUUGUCAGCAAAAGGAUUCGAUUGUGUUGACUGUGGAUACACUUGUCACAGCAAGUGUCAAAUGAAGGUGCCAGCAGAGUGUCCUGGUGAGCAGACCAAAGAGGAAAAGAAGAAACUAAAGGCCGAACGUCAGGAGCAAGCACAAUCUACCCCUGUUGUUUCAGAGUCUGCGCCGUCCCAUGGGAACAACGGAACGAUGACAGAGAUGCCGGCCUUGACUCGGAAAGAUACGAUGAACUCUUUGAGUUCAGGAUACGCACACAGUGCCCAUCGGUCUGUUUCUGGGUCGAUUUCGUCUUCUAAACCCUCGGGCGAAGAGCCUGCUGAACUUAGUGCUGCGCCUCCUAGAAAUUCUACAUCAACCACGAAGCGCAACAGAAUUCUCGCGCCACCUCCUACGCAAUAUGUCAGCUCACCAACAGCUGCUGAGGCUCCAGUUUCAAAGAAAAAUGAACAAAGAGGGAAGAUGGUUUAUGCAUAUCAAGCAACUGGUGACGGGGAGGUGACCGUAAACGAAGGACAGAAUAUUGUGGUGUUGGAGCCUGAUGAUGGCUCUGGCUGGAUGCGUGUGAAAGCAGGUUCCCAGGAAGGACUGGUUCCAUCAGCAUAUGCCGAGCUUGCGCCCGCCCCAUCUCCAGCCUUGACCGAGCGGCCUGCAUCGGCAUACUCAAACUCAUCGGUGUCUUUGGCCGGUAGUACAACAGCAAAGAAAGUAGGACCAACAGUUGCACCUAGACGGGGAGCCAAGAAACUGCAAUACGUCGAAGCCCUAUACGACUACGAAGCACGCUCAGAUGCCGAACAUAGCAUGUCGGAGGGCGAUCGGUUCGUCUUGAUCACCAAAGAUAGUGGUGAUGGUUGGGCAGAGGUUGAGAAGGGAGGGCAGGUCAAGAGUGUGCCAGCGAAUUACAUUCAGGAGGUUUAG